AUGAUCCUGAACUUUGGACCACAACACCCCGCAGCUCACGGUGUGCUUCGGCUUGUACUGAAAUUGGAAGGCGAGGUGGUCAUCAAAGCGAUUCCUCAUAUUGGUCUCCUUCAUCGAGCAACAGAGAAAUUGAUUGAAUAUAAAACUUACACUCAGUUGCGCGCGUGGGAUGGUUUCGAACAUGUGGAAAAUCGCAAGUGCAUGGAAUGUGGGCCUCCGCGGAAACCUUGUUUCAGCCAUCAAAAUUUUCAGGCUGUACCCUACUUUGAUCGGCUGGAUUACGUCUCAAUGAUGUGCAAUGAACAAGGCUUUGCUCUAGCUGUCGAAAAGUUGCUGGGAAUUGAAAUUCCACCGCGGGCAAAGUAUAUCCGCACAAUGUUUGCUGAACUCACUAGGCUUCAAAAUCAUAUUAUGGGCAUAACUACGCAUGCUCUCGAUGUUGGCGCUAUGACUCCGUUUUUCUGGAUGUUUGAAGAAAGGGAGAAACUGUUCGAAUUCCAAGAACGUGUCUCGGGUGCGCGAAUGCAUGUGAAUUACAUACGUCCAGGAGGUGUAGCGUGGGAUCUUCCUCUCGGUUUGAUGGAUGACAUUUACGACUGGGCCGUGAAGGUAAAACAUUUAGAACAUAACAUAUGCAUUGCUGACGAGGAAAUGGUCGAACCUUAA